UGUAUCUCAUCUGUAUUCUGAGUAAAAACAAUCCUUUUGUAUUUAUAUUUUCUAAAAUAAACUAAAAAUACAUAAUAUGCUUAUUAACUUUAUCUACAUACUCGAACUAGAUAAUAGUACAUAAAAAAUUACUUUACCAACAUUCUUUAAAACUAAACUAUCGAUAUCAACAUUAGAACUACUUGUACUAUUACAUAUUGAAUUAUUGAUAGAACUAAAACACCGCGAAGUUUAACAUGAUUUAAAAAAUUGCAAGCCCGGCAAACAGGAAAAUAUUAGAACCUAAUUUUUAUAAUGAUAUCAAAGGACUUCUUUUGGCUAAUAUAUUUUCUAAUUCAUAUUCUCUGUGUAGAGAGAACUAUCAGCCAACUUGAAAAUGGUUUCGUCGUUUAUUGUCCAUGCAUGGGAAGAUUUGGAAAUCAAGCAGACCAUUUUUUGGGAGCCUUAGCGUUUAGCAAAGGAUUGAAUAGAACACUGGUUUUACCCCCAUGGGUUGAAUAUAGAUAUGGAGAAGCAAAGUCCUUGCAAGUUCCAUUUGACACCUAUUUUGAUGUUUCAACAUUACUUUCCUUUCAUAGAGUCAUAACUAUGGAAAUAUUUAUGAAAGAUAUUGCACCUGUAAUGUGGCCACCAGAGAAAAGGAUAUCAUUUUGUUACACUCAAAGAUAUGGGGAGCAAGAAAAGAGUUGCAAUGCAAAGUCUGGAAACCCAUUUGGUCCAUUUUGGGACACAUUUAGGGUUGAUUUUAUUGGUUCAGAGUUUUAUGGACCUUUAAACUAUGAUGCUCACAAUGAAAACAUGAUCAAUAAAUGGAUACAUAAGUAUCCACCUCAAAAGUGGCCUGUAUUAGCAUUUACAGGAGCUCCAGCUAGUUUUCCAGUUCAAAUAGAAAAUGUACAUCUUCAGAAAUAUGUUAAAUGGAAUGAUAAAAUGGAGAAUAUGGCAAAAACAUUUAUCAAAGAAAAUAUGAGUGGUGGUGGAUUUCUAGGUAUUCAUUUAAGGAAUGGACAAGACUGGGUAAAAGCUUGUGAACAUGUUAAAGACAGUCCCAAGCUUUUUUCUGCUUCACAAUGUGUUGGUUAUAAAAAUGAAAGAGGAAUAUUAACCUUAUCAAUGUGUCUGCCACAAAAAAAUGAUAUUAUAAGACAAGUAAAACGAGUUCUCAAGAAAAUAUCAGACAUCAAGUUCAUAUUUGUAGCUUCCGACUCCAAUCAUAUGAUAGAUGAUUUAACUAAAGCAUUAAAAGAUUUUGAUGUGCUCGUGUUAAGAAGUCCUUCAAAUAAUCCACAUCUGGAUCUGGCUAUCCUGGGUCGUGCAAAUUACUUUAUUGGUAAUUGUGUAUCCUCAUUCACAGCAUUUGUGAAAAGGGAAAGAGAUGCAAAAGGCAUACCUUCAGAGUUUUGGUCUUUUCCGAAUCGAAAGAAGAGUAAACAUGAAGAACUAUAGUGUGUGUGUUUUAGUUUAGUAUAUAUUAAUAAAGUAAUUUAAAAUAAAUUAAGUAUAUGAGAUAUUGUCAGCUUUAAUAAUUAAAAUAAAUUUAUUUUUU